UUUCGGGUUCUCAGAAUGACUGCUCUGGUUUCAGUUGUCUCAAUUCUCACAGGUUGGGGUGGCCCUUGAGGACAUUGCCCUGUACUUCUCCAGGAAGGAAUGGAGGCUCCUUGAUGAGGGUCAGAGACGCCUGUACCUGAAUGUGAUGCAGGAGAACUUUGAACUUGUAUCCUCUCUGGGUUGCUGCUGUGGAGCGGAGAAUGUGGAGGCACCAACUGAACAGAGCAUGUCUGUAAGAGUAACACGGGCAAAGAAUCUAAAGUUACCUUUGUCUUCCCAGAAGAGCCACCCCUGUGAGGGUUGUGGGUUGGUCUUGAGAAACAUUUUCCACUUGAUUGACCUACAGGGAACACAACACAGCCAGAUGCUUUUGAGGUGUGGGGCAUGUGCAAAACAAUUUUAUUUCACUACAAAACUUCACCAGCAGCAGCAUGUGAGAGAGAAGCCCUUUAUUAGAGGUCUGGAGAGGAUCUCGCUUGCAAAGGGCUACAAUUUCAAUGUGUUUCAGAAAAAUUUUACCAAUGGCACAGUUGGGCAGGGGAUCCUUACCAGGUCAGGACGUCUCUACCAAAGGGCUACUCAGACCAGGGAUAGGCCAAAGGAAAUCUCGACAUCUGCCAUUACUUUUCAAAGUAGAAAAAAUUAUCGUACCAGGAAAGAAUGUAAGAAAGCCAUUGGCCACAAGCUCACAUUUGUUCAAGACAAGCGAGUUCAUACUGGAAGACAGUGUUUUGUGUGCCGUGAAUGUGGUAAGUAUUUUACCAAAAUGUCUACUUUUCUUUAUCAUCAGAGAGUUCACACUGGAGAAAGGCCUUAUGAAUGCAGUCAUUGUGGGAAAUCUUUUACAAGGAUCUGUUUUCUUCGUUAUCAUCAGAGAAUUCACACUGGAGAAAGGCCUUAUAUGUGCCAUGAAUGUGGGAAAUCUUUUACAAGUAACACUGGCCUCCGUUAUCAUCAGACAUUUCACACAGGAGAAAGGCCUUAUGAAUGCAAUGAAUGUGGGAAAUCUUUUAGCUGUAGCAGUGGCCUCCGUUGUCAUCAGAGAGUUCACACUGGAGAAAGGCCUUAUGAGUGCAGUGAAUGUGGGAAAUCUUUUACCUGUAACAGUGGCCUCCGUAGUCAUCAGAUAGUUCACACUGGAGAAAAGCCUUAUGAGUGCAAUGAAUGCGGAAAAUCUUUUGGCAGGAUCGAUUCCCUUCGUUGUCAUCAGAGAGUUCACACUGGAGAGAGGCCUUAUGAGUGCAGUCAAUGUGGGAAAUCUUUUACCACUAGCACUAAUCUUCGUAUUCAUGAGAGAUUUCACACAGGAGAAAAGCCUUAUGAAUGCAAUGAAUGUGGAAAAUGUUUUACCACUAGCACUAAUCUUUGUUAUCAUCAGAGAUUUCACACAGGAGAAAGGCCUUAUGCAUGCAAUGAAUGUGGGAAAUCUUUUACCACUAGCACUGGCCUUCGUGAUCAUCAGAGAUAUCACACAGGAGAAAGGCCUUAUGAGUGCACUGAAUGUGGGAAAUCUUUUACUAUGAUCAAAUGCCUUCAUCGUCAUCAGAGAGUUCACUCAGGAGAAAGGCCUUAUGAGUGCACUGAAUGUGGGAAAUCUUUUACUAUGAUCUAUUACCUUCGUCGUCAUCAGACUGUUCACACAAGAGAAAGACCUUAUGAGUGUAGUGAAUGUGGGAAAUCCUUUGUCUCGAUAUAUAGCCUUCGUGAUCAUCAGAGAUUACACACUGGAGAAAAGCCUUAUAAGUGCAGUGAAUGUGAAAAAUCUUAUAACAGUAUCAGUUCCCUUCGUUUUCAUCAGAGAGAUCACACUAGAGAAAGCCAUUAUGAGUGCUCUGAAUGUGGGAAAUCUUAUACCAGUAGAAGUGGUCUUCGCUAUCAUGAGACAGUUCACGCUGGGUCUAGGCCUUAUGAGUGCAGUGAGUGUGGAAAAACUUUUACCAGGAUCCAAAGCCUUCGUUAUCAUCAGAGAGUUCACACGAGAGAAAAACCAUAUGAGUGCAGUGAAUGUCGGAAAUCCUUUGCCUCACUGUAUAGCCUUCGUGAUCAUCAGAGAUUACAUACUGGAGAAAAGCCUUAUAAGUGCAGUGUAUGUGAAAAAUCUUACAUCAGCAUCAGUUCCCUUCGUUUUCAUCAGAGAGAUCACACUGGAGAAAAGCAUUAUGAGUGCUCUAAAUGUGGGAAAUCUUAUGCCAGUAGAACUGGCCUUCGUUAUCAUGAGACAAUUCACACUGGGACAAGGCCUUAUGUGUGCGGUGAAUGUGGGAAAUCUUUUACCAGGAUCCAAAGCCUUCGUAAUCAUCAGAGAGUUCACACUAGAGAAAGGACUUAGGAGUGUAGUUAAUGUAUCCAAAAUCCUAACAUUCCUCCACACAUAACAGUUCACCUGGGAGGAAGGUGUUUGAUGUAUAGGAAAUGUACAAUUUUUCAAUAGUAUAGUAAACCCUGUGAAGCAUAAUUUGUCUGAAUUGAAUCUCAUACAUUGAAAUGUCAACAGUAGGGAGGUUUCCCAUCAAUUUUACUUGUUUGAAAAACAUAUGUGCAUAUGUUGUAUUUUCUAAUCUACCCAGAUGUUUUUCCAGAUCUGUCUCACUGAAUAUUUCUGUUGCUGAAGUAGUGUCACCUGUGUUACCUAUAAAGUGUCCACAGGUUGCAUCAGUCACCAUCCUUAGGCUCAGGAAAGCUAACUCUGACUUGUUGAACAAAGUUAGGAGCAGCCUUUACUCAGAUAUGUAUUUGGUUCCUCUGUAUCUGUAGUAAAAUGUCUGGUCAGGUGUUCUGCCUAUUCUAGUAUGAGGUUGGUCAGUUUUCUUUAACAAAAGGGCAGUGAAAGAACAAAGGUGGAUAUUGGAAUUUCACUCAUUUUGUGCCUUUUUUGCUUUAUAAAAUAAAUGUUUUUUUGUAUUGGAAUAUUUUC